CACCGCACGCGCAGCCGGAGCCGCCGCGCCCUCGGCCGCCCGGGGCUCGGAGCUGCGGAGCCCGGAGGCCGGGAGCGGGAGCCGGAGCCGCCCGCGCCGUGGAGUAGAUACUGUGUAUAAUCUGCUUUCAUCAUGGGAGAGAUAGAGCAGAGGCCAACUCCAGGAUCAAGACUGGGGGCCCCAGAGAAUUCGGGGAUCAGUACGUUGGAACAUGGGCAGAAGCCGCCCCCCACGCCUUCAGGAAAACUCAUGUCUAUCAAGAUCCAGAUGCUGGAUGAUACCCAGGAGGCCUUUGAAGUUCCACAAAGAGCCCCCGGGAAAGUGCUGCUGGACGCCGUGUGCAACCACCUCAACCUCGUGGAAGGAGACUAUUUUGGCCUCGAGUUUCCCGACCACAAGAAGAUCACGGUGUGGCUGGAUCUCUUAAAACCUAUUGUCAAGCAGAUUAGAAGGCCGAAGCAUGUUGUCGUCAAGUUUGUGGUGAAAUUCUUUCCACCUGACCACACUCAACUCCAAGAAGAACUCACAAGGUACCUCUUCGCUCUGCAGGUGAAGCAGGACCUGGCUCAAGGCAGGCUGGCAUGUAAUGACAACAGUGCUGCCCUCCUGAUCUCGCACAUUGUACAAUCUGAGAUUGGGGAUUUUGAUGAGGCAUCGGACAGAGAGCACUUAGCGAAAAAUAAGUACAUACCUCAGCAAGAUGCGCUAGAAGACAAAAUCGUGGAAUUUCACCAUAACCACAUUGGACAGACACCAGCAGAAUCGGAUUUCCAGCUCCUAGAGAUUGCCCGCAAACUGGAGAUGUACGGCGUCCGAUUGCACCCGGCCAAGGACCGGGAAGGCACGAAGAUCAACCUGGCUGUGGCCAACACGGGGAUUCUAGUGUUUCAGGGUUUUACGAAGAUCAACGCCUUCAACUGGGCAAAGGUGCGGAAGCUGAGCUUCAAGAGGAAGCGCUUUCUUAUCAAGCUCCGCCCAGACGUGAACAGCUCGUACCAGGAUACCUUGGAAUUCCUAAUGGCCAGUCGGGAUUUUUGCAAGUCCUUCUGGAAAAUCUGUGUUGAACAUCAUGCCUUUUUUAGACUUUUCGAAGAGCCCAAGCCCAAGCCCAAGCCCGUUCUCUUUAGCCGAGGGUCAUCGUUUCGGUUCAGUGGUCGGACUCAGAAGCAGGUUCUCGACUAUGUUAAAGAAGGUGGACAUAAGAAAGUGCAGUUUGAAAGGAAACACAGCAAGAUCCAUUCCAUCAGAAGCCUUGCUACACAGCCAUCAGAGCCAAAUUCAGAAGUGCCAAAACAAGCUCAGCAGAGUGGCAGCCUGACCCUCGGAGAAGGCUCUGAACCCCCGGGCGGCCAGAGCUGCCCGCAGGGCGGGGACCUGGCCACGGCGUCGGCCGAGGACGCUGAGCGGCAGCGCGGCCCCGGCCCGUCCAGGAGCCCGGCCGGGAGCACGAAGGGAGACGGGGCCAGCGGGGCGGCGGCGGAGGAAGACGAGGAGCUGGUUAAGGACAGGCCCCAGCAGAGUAGGCCGCGGCCCCCGCAGCCAAGCACAGGCUCCCUGACUGGCAGCCCUCACCUUUCAGAGCUGUCCAUCAACUCGCAGGGAGGAACAGCGCCCACCAAUGCCAUCCUGUCACCCAACCUGAGCCCUGACACCAAGCAGGCCUCCCCCUUGGUCAGCCCCCUGCUGAAUGACCAGUCAGGCCCAAGGGCUGAGGACGAGGAUGAUGGCCGGAGAAAGAGAUUCCCAACUGACAAAGCAUACUUCAUUGCUAAAGAAGUCUCCACCACUGAGAGAACAUAUCUGAAGGAUCUUGAAGUCAUCACUUCGUGGUUUCAGAGCACAGUGAGCAAAGAGGACUCCAUGCCUGAAAGCUUGAAAAGUCUCAUAUUCCCGAAUUUUGAACCUUUGCACAAAUUUCAUACAAAUUUUCUCAAGGAAAUUGAGCAACGACUCGCCCUGUGGGAAGGCCGCUCGAAUGCCCACAUCAGAGGAGAUUACCAAAGAAUCGGAGAUGUGAUGCUGAAGAACAUUCAGGGGAUGAAGCAACUGGCUGCUCACUUGUGGAAGCACAGCGAGGCGCUGGAGGCGCUGGAGACCGGCAUCCGGGGCUCCCGGCGGCUGGAGAGCUUGUGCCGAGACUUCGAGCUGCAGAAGGUGUGCUACCUGCCGCUCAACACCUUCCUCCUGCGCCCGCUGCACCGGCUCAUGCACUACAAGCAGGUCCUGGAGCGACUGUGCAAACACUACCCACCCAGCCACAGCGACUUCAGGGACUGCCGAGCGGCUUUGGCAGAGAUCACGGAAAUGGUGGCCCAGCUUCACGGUACGAUGAUCAAGAUGGAGAAUUUCCAGAAGCUGCAUGAACUCAAGAAAGAUUUGAUUGGCGUUGACAAUCUUGUGAUCCCAGGAAGGGAAUUCAUCCGCCUGGGCAGCCUCAGCAAGCUCUCCGGGAAGGGGCUCCAGCAGCGCAUGUUCUUCCUGUUCAAUGACGUCUUGCUGUACACAAGCCGGGGGCUGACAGCCUCGAAUCAAUUUAAAGUCCACGGGCAGCUCCCGCUCUACGGCAUGACCAUGGAGGAAAGUGAAGAGGAAUGGGGUGUCCCCCACUGCCUGACUCUGCGGGGCCAGCGCCAGUCCAUCGUGGUGGCCGCCAGUUCUCGGCCGGAGAUGGACAAGUGGGUGGAAGACAUACAGAUGGCCAUCGACUUGGCCGAGAAAAGCAGCGGCCCUGCCCCUGAGUUCCUGGCCAGCAGCCCCCCGGACAACAAGUCCCCCGAGGAGGCGGCGGGCGACCAGGAGUCGGAGGAUGACCUCAGUGCGUCGCGCACCUCGCUGGAGCGCCAGGCCCCGCACCGCGGCAACACCAUGGUGCACGUAUGCUGGCACCGCAACACCAGCGUGUCCAUGGUGGACUUCAGCGUGGCGGUGGAGAAUCAGCUGUCUGGGAACCUGCUGAGGAAAUUCAAAAACAGCAACGGGUGGCAGAAGCUGUGGGUGGUCUUCACGAACUUCUGCCUCUUCUUCUACAAAUCGCACCAGGACAAUCACCCCCUUGCCAGCCUGCCUCUGCUUGGCUACUCGCUCACCAUCCCCUCGGAGUCCGAGGACAUCCACAAAGAUUACGUGUUCAAGCUGCAUUUCAAGUCCCACGUGUACUACUUCAGGGCCGAAAGCGAAUACACGUUUGAAAGAUGGAUGGAGGUGAUCCGAAGUGCCACCAGCUCGGCCUCACGUGCCCACGCCCCGAGUCACAAGGAAUCUCACGUGUAUUGAUGGUGGGGACACACGUGUGGAUUGCUUCAGCUGCAGUGACUCUUGGAAGGCGUUUCCUCUCUUCUGUAUUAAUGAAGCCUAGUAAAAUUAACACCUGUCUGGAAAACAAAAGAAAACAUGGUUUCGCAGCAACUCCCACCUGUCCCCACAGGACCAUUUUUAAACCUUGUCUUUUUCAGCCGGUAAUCUCGCAUUUGCACGGGGUUUCACCUGCGCCAUCUCUGGUGCGGGCGGCACCUUGGCCGUCGUCCCCUAGGUGGGCUCUCUCCAGCCCGUGCCAGUAUUAAAACACUGUCAUGGAGAUAGUGCCAAAUGACAUUUUUUUCCUCCACGGCUGCACCUUAAAGCAGUACCAACACAUCCGUUCAACCAAAAGACAGGGCAAGUGCUUUUUUUUUUCUUAAAACUCUGGGGGGUUUUGAUUUCUAGGCUGCUGCCUUUUACAAAAUGGGUUUCCCAGUGUUUGCAAUACACGUGGCAGUCUUAAUAAGCAAAUGAGAUCAUUUCCAGAUUUGGGUUUACCUCCCUGCCCCAAUCUUUCUACUUUUAUAAUGAUAGGAAAUUAGUAGGAUUUUACUUCUUUGAUAAAAAGAGCAAUUUGCAGCAUCCUUGUAUCCCACUGGGGGCUUCAGGCUCCAGGGAAACGCUGGUUCCCAGACCUACUUCUUGGCGUAGGUUGACCAAAUUGUUGAAGUGAUGGCUAUUUACGAGGUGUGGUGGGUUGUUUUCUGUUGCGAGAAGCUCUCUGGACUGUCAAGUGUACCGAGUGCUGUGUCGAGGGGAGGGUAGUAAGCCGUGGUGUUUUGCUGUUUCCCAAGCAUGAGAACGUGUCUGUCAGUGGCCAGGGCCCUCUGUGCUGUGUUGGGGCGUGGGUGCGGGGGCUCCGAGUCGUGGUCCGUACUCCCCACAAUCAUACCUGUGUCCUCCCGCAACUGUGGUUUGGAACUGCACACUCAAUAGUAGUAUAUAUGUAUCUCGUGCCUGUCUUCACAAACCAUUCUUUCCUUUUGAUACUCGCCACCCCCAGGCCUGGGCUAUGGACGGACAUGUGACAUUGCACAUCCUUGAUAGUCGGAGGACACAGGGAACAGGGUUCCAGUGACCGCUGGGGCCGCCAGUCAAAAUCCGUUCGCCUAUCUCCGUGGGGAAUCAGGUGGCCACUAUUCCCUUGAUACUGCUGAGCCCCUGUGGGGGGGUGAGGGGGAGGGUUCCCCAUCACCCCCCCAAGACCCCGACAGGAUGAGCCUGACUUGGGGCUGUGACCGGCGUACGUGGAAACACACAAAUGGAUGAGGAACUCGAGAUGUGUGAAUCACUUGCCUUACAAUCUGUACAGAUCCUUUUAAAUACUAACAAAAGGGAAUUAAAAAAAUACCUCACGCCACAAUCCAGCACACUCAAGUUUUAAGGCAAA